ACGCUGGGGCUUCAGGUCUCCUAGCAACAAGUUGAGCAUACCAAGGCGGCCGCUGAGCCAUAAUGGAGAUAUCAAUGCCUCCACCUCAGAUAUAUGUAGAAAAAACUCUGGCCAUUAUCAAACCAGAUAUCGUUGACAAAGAGGAGGAGAUACGAGAUAUUAUUCUCAGAUCUGGAUUCACCAUUGUUCAGAGAAGAAAACUACACCUCAGCCCUGAGCAAUGCAGUAACUUUUACGUGGAACAGUAUGGAAAAAUGUUUUUCCCCAAUUUAACAGCUUACAUGAGUUCUGGACCACUUGUCGCCAUGAUAUUAGCGAGACACAAAGCCAUCUCUUAUUGGCUAGAACUUUUGGGACCAAAUAAUAGCUUAGGAGCAAAGGAGACAUAUCCAGACAGUCUAAGGGCAAUUUAUGGCACAGAUGACCUAAGGAAUGCACUUCAUGGGAGUAGUGACUUUGCUGCUGCGGAAAGAGAAAUACGUUUUAUGUUUCCUGAAGUGAUCGUUGAGCCCAUUCCAAUUGGACAGGCUGCUAAGGACUAUUUAAAUUUAUAUGUGAUGCCAACUCUGCUUGAAGGACUCACAAAGCUUUGUAAGCAAAAACCAGCAGAUCCUUUGAUUUGGCUAGCUGAUUGGCUGCUGAAAAAUAAUCCCAACAAACCCAAACUUUGUCACUCUCUAAUUGUAGAAGAACCUUAUUAAAAAAAAAAAUCCUCAAAAGAACAAAUCAUGAACUAUCUUACUGCAAAAGGCUGUACUUCUACUGUUUGAAAAAAAAAUUAUUUCUAGGGUUUAAGUAACUAUGAGUAAAAUAAAUUUAUUUCUUAAAAUAAGUGUUAAAGGAAUAACUAUUCUAUGAAGCAGAUAACAUUAAGGUAAAAUAUAGCUUAGAGUAUGAUUUUAACAAUGAUGUAACAUUAGGUAAUGGAAAACUGAUGUAAGAUGUUGCUAGGUGGUUUUCUUAAGUUUGAGAAGUAGGACAUAAAGUUUAGUUAUACAUUUUUCCAAGCACAUAUCCUAUAUCUAGAUACAUAAUUAAUGCAUAAUUGAAAUGGUCUAGUUUAAAAGGCAUAGGACUUUUUGUAGUUCAUAAGCCUGAUGAUUUGGUUUCAUGCUCGUGUGUGAGAUGUGCUUCCCUCAUACCUUCUUACAGCAUCAUCACAUUACCUGUUUGAUGUAAAAAAAUAAAAAUAGAAGGCCAGGU